ACGCUGGCCGCCGAACUACAACUCCCGUCAGACAGUGGGGCACAGCCUCGCCGGGCCCCCAGUCGGAGGAAGUGACUUUUCUGCGUAGCAACAGAGGCCGUUGCUAACGGAGUCUGAGCGGCUGCGAGGGAAAGAGGAGCACGCAGGGCCAUAAACCAUGUCUGCUCCAGCUGAUGAAACUGCAGGAGACCUGCCUGUGAGAGAUGUAGGUCUAAAUCUAGCUGGAAUUGGAGGAUUACAAGAAUCAUCAGCUGUACAGAAUGUGAAAGCUCGGCAAGCUGUCUCACGGAUUAGUCGUGAGGAGCUAGAAGACCGUUUCCUGCGUUUGCAUGAUGAAAACAUCUUACUUAAGCAGCAUGCACAUAAGCAAGAAGAUAAAAUUAAAAGAAUGGCCACCAAGUUAAUUCGGCUUGUUAAUGACAAGAAAAGAUCUGAGCAGAUUGGUGGUGGCCCCAAGCGGUUGGGCCAGGAUGUGGAGCUUGAAGAAAUGAUUGAGCAGCUGCAAGAGAAAGUUCGUGAGCUUGAGAAACAAAAUGAAGGCAUCCGCAAGAGACUCAUUUCAACCAAACAGCAGCUCCAAGUUCAAGGCCAUCGGCACACUCCAUACAGCUAUGUUCAAUCUCGCAUUAACACUGGUCUCAGAAAAGUGAACGAGGCUGUUGCCAUCCCAGAGCGCACAAGGAAAGGAAUGAGAUUUCAGGAUGUAGAACUGAGAUCCCCCCAACCCAUGCUCCCAAGAUACGGACAUAGUUUGCGUGAAGAAGCAAGGGCUGAGAUAAGAAAUUUGGAAAACGUGAUUGAGUCACAAAAGGGACAGAUUGAAGAAUUGGAGCACACUGGAGAAGUGCUAAGGAAUCAGCUAAGGAAGAAGGAAAAAGAGUUUGAAGAAUCCGUUCUGCAACUGAAAGAGCAAAAAGCAACAGGGCAAAGGUUAAAUAUUCGGGACAAUGUGGAAAUGAUAAAACUCCACAAACAACUGAUGGAAAAAGGCGAUGCUCUCGCAGCAAUGGAAGGGAAAUUUCUUCAGCUUCAAGAGAAUCAAAGGAACCUUAAGGCCAGCCAUGAUGCUUUAAUGGCAAACGGGAAUGAACUCAGUCUGCAGCUUAAAGAACAGCGUUUAAAGUGCCUCCAUCUUGAGAAAGAAUUACAGUCGAUGACUUUUUCAAAACAAAGGAUAGAAGAGCUGCAGGAUAGAAUUAAUGACCUAGAAAAGGAGAGGGAUCUUUUAAAGGAAAAUUAUGAUAAACUAUAUAACAGUGCCUUCAGUGUGAGCCAUGAACAGCAAUGGAAGUUAAAGGAACAGCAACUGAAAUUACAAAUUGUUCAACUUGAGACUGCCUUAAAGUCUGACUUAGCAGACAAAAGUGAAAUCCUUGACAGAAUGAAACUAGAAAGAGACCAAAAUGAGAAGCUGACCCAAGAGAACAAAGAACUGCAAUUGCGUUAUCUGGAACACAAGCAACAGCUAGAUGAACUGAAAAAUCGCAUGAAGUUUUUCACCAAGGAGAGUGAUAUUGAAAUGGCAGAACUCAGUGAAGCUCUCAUGCUUAUAAAGGUUCGCAAACAGCAGAAGAAUGGGGACCUUACCUUUUUAGAGAAAAUAGAAGAUGACGUCCACAAAGACAUGGAAUAUGCCAUGCGGGAGCUUCAAGUAACACAUGCAGAAACAGUGCAAGAACUUGAAAAGACACGGAAUAUGUUAAUUGUGCAGCAUAAAAUUAACAAAGAUUAUCAGACUGAAGUUGAAGCAGUGACGCAGAAGAUGGAGGGUUUACAGCAAGAUUAUGAGUUAAAACUUGAACAGUAUGUCCAUCUUCUUGACAUUAGAGCUGCACGCAUCCGAAAAUUAGAAGCUCAACUAAAGGAUAUUGCCUAUGGUACCAAACAGUACAAAUUCAGACCAGAAAUCCUGCCAGAGGAUCCAGUAGAUGAAUUUGAUGAAAGUGUCCACCUAGAAAGAGGAGAAAACCUGUUUGAAAUUCACAUCAGCAAAGUGAUAUUUUCUACAGAAGCUGUGCGUGCUUUUGGUGACCAGGAACCUGCAACUUUCUGUACCUAUGCAUUCUAUGACUUUGAACUACAGACAACCCCAGUAGUUCGUGAUCUUCAUCCAUCCUAUAACUUCACUUCACAGUAUCUUGUGCGCGUGGAUGACUUCUUUUUGCAAUACAUACAGAAAAGCACUAUCACGCUUGAGGUUCAUCAUGCCUUUGGCACAGAUUAUGAAACAGCUGCAGCAUGUCAGCUGAGGUUCCAUGAAAUCUUGGAAAAUAAUGGCAGGAUCUAUAAUACAGCAAUUUUAGUUGGAACUGGAGGACAUAUCCCAAACUAUGGCACAGUGGAUUACUGGGUCAGGUUACGAGUUCCAAUGGAUCAGGCUAUCAGACUCUACAAAGAGAGAUCAAAAGCUCUGGGAUACAUAACUUCCAAUUUAAAGAAACAUGAAAAAGCCCCACAGUUAAAGCAACCGAUACUCAGAACUGACCAAGUCAGCGCUUCAGCAGAUGGCAACUUAAAUGAGCUUCAUAUUACAAUAAAAUGUUGUAACAAUCUCCAGUCCCGAAAAAACCACGUUCAGCCAAAUCCUUAUGUUGUCUACAAGUUCUUUGAUUUUGCAGACCAUGAUACUCCCAUCAUUCAUAGCAGCAACAGCCCUCAAUUUGACGAUCACAUGUGUUUUCCAGUGCCAAUGAAUGCAGAUUUAGACCAAUAUUUAAAAUCAGAAUCCUUGACUUUUUAUGUGUUUGAUGAUGGUGAAACAGAAAAAGGUGUUUAUGUAGGGAAAGCCAUUGUUCCUCUUAUCUCUUUAGCGCAUGACAGAUAUAUCUCAGGUACAUUUGAACUAACAGAUUCUGAAAGACAUUCUUCUGGCACCAUCAACGUUGAACUAAAAUGGAGGUUCGCCUAUCUACCUCCAAGUGGAUCAGCAAUGGCAGCAGACCUAGUGAGUUACAUCCAAAAUGAAAAAUCAACAGCAACUAAAUUACCAGUGAAGGAAGAAGUGCAGACUCUAAUCCUGACCCCUUCUUUUACUUCAUCAAUGACAGCACCAAAGCCCAAACCAAGGCAGCGUACUGCUCUAGCAGACAAGAAAGUGUCUUUUAUGGAUGUCAGCAUACUACCGAUUCCAAGCCCUGUUGCUGAUGCAGACAAUGAAGAAGUUUCACAAAAAAUUAAGGCUGAUACACUUACCGUUUCAAAUGUUCCAGAGGUUAUACAGGAAAGAGUGGCAGAUGAUAAAGUAAAGGAAACUUCUGAAGAAAUUCAGCAGAAAAAAGAUGACCUUUCUCGGCUAUCUGAGGGUCAAUUGGCUGACCAGAGCUCGGCUACUUCUGGAGAUGAAACAGAAAUAACUGAGGAAUUGGAACCAGAAGAUCAAGAUAAAAGACAGGCAACUGAUGCCAUGGAAUCAAUAAUAACUGACAGUGAUGACUGUAUUGUUCCUAGCCCAGUGUCCAACAAUAUUAAACAGGCAAAAAGAAUCAAGGAGUUUUCAUGGAUGGACUCCACACACAGAAGAAUUGCCACUCCAAUCACUCCCCUGAAUUUAAAUAUUACACCAGGUGGCCUCAAAUCAAGAAUUUAUCUUCCCUACAAGUCUUCAACACUAGCAAGCUCACACCAAUGCAGGCCUGAUCUUUGUAAGGCAAUUUGGGUCAAAUGAUAGUAAACCAUAUGCAAUCCCUGAAGCUGAAUAUGUAUUCUUCCUUGUGAUUUCAAUUAUCCCUUCUCCCCAACUGCACUUAUAUUAGGAAAUGUUAUUCCACCAAACUUUGCUUGAAGCCCAGUUGAGCAUAAGCAUAAGCUAACACAAAUAGGUCUUCCUUUCAAAAUUUGUGUUCCAUAAACCCCUCUGAAUAUUGUGGACACCUCCACUAUUUCUGAGAUAUGCCCUCUAAAAGUAUACUGUGGACACCUCCACUAUUUCUGAGAUAUGCCCUCUAAAAGUAUACUGUGGACACCUCCACUGUUUCUGAGAUAUGCCCUCUAAAAGUAUACUGUGGACACCUCCACUAUUUCUGCUCAAACUGUCUAUGUUAAGAAUAAGAAUCAGUUUAUUAUUUAUAUUUAAAUGGACUUUUAGGCUGAGUUUUAAAAGCAGAAUGUUCAUUCUGGAAAGUUAAAAUGUUGGAGUCAUUAACUAAGCAACUUUGGAUUGCAGGACAUUUUGUAAGUUUGUAAUUGGUGUGAAAGAAAGUUCCACUCUAAAAUAAAAAGUACUGAAGACAGUCUUCAGUCUAAAAAAACAACCAAAAAAACCCAAAACGACAAAAACAAAAACAAAAAACCCCACCCCAAACAAUGACUGAAUUUGGCCAGUUAGACUAAGUAUUGGCUCCAUUCUAGUGAACAUUCUUUCUGAUUUCUCAAUUUUCCUCAUAAAUUCACAAUGCCACAGAUCCUUUUUCUGUUAGGAUUUCCAAUGCCCUUACUAAAGGGAUUGUUUUGCAUGUUUUAUUUCUUCUGUCUGCCUAAUCGAUCAAAUGCUCAAAAGCAGAUGGUUGCUGUUCAUUGUCAGCUUUUUGGUCCUCCCUUCUUUGCAAAAUACUGGUGGUUUUUUGUUUUUGUUUUGUUUUUUUUUGGGGGGGGGGGGUGUUGUAGUUUAAUUCUAGAACAAUAAAAAACUUUCUCUCUACAUCUCUGAAUUUUCAGAUAAACUGAACUCAAAUGCAUUUAGCAUCAUUUACCUACAGGGUAAUUUUUAAUACAUUUCAUCCACUGAAAUAUUUCCUCCCACAUUUGACCUUUAAAGUCCCAAAUGAAAAAGUUCUGUUUUAAGUUCCAAUUCAGCAAGAUACUUAAGUAUGAGAAUAUUACUAUUAACUUCAAUAUUAUUAUUCACAUGCUAAAAGUUAAGCAUUUGCUUAAGUACCUUGCUCAAUUGAGACCUUAGUUUACUUUCUAGGAAGUGGUUUAAACACUUGAGUAUUCUGUCCUUGUAUAUAAGAAAUGUAGGUCCAAAUCCUGCACCCACAAAAGGGCCAAAUAAAGUUUAAAGGAUGCAGUGCUUGGCAGGAGAAAAGGAGAGGAAAUUUCACACUCCACUGUACUGAGAAUGUAUCUGCAACUCCACAGGGAAAGGAAUAUGGGUGUGCUGAGGAUUUGCCAGAGGGUUUAAGUGCAUUAUCAUAGCACUGAUAUACAUGGCUGCAAAUCUAUAGAAGUGUAAGCAAUGGGUCCUUAGCAGGACUCAAGCUUGCUGCAGUGAUUCCUCUAGCUCUAUUACCAAUACAAACCCUUGCUUCCAUGGUCCUUUUUCUUCUGAUUUGUUUGUGUGUUAGUUAUUAUUAUUUCCUAUGCCAGUCUUUCUAUUUGGAGCAGUGGUGGGCAAUCUGCGGCCCAUCACGGUAAUCUGCUGGUGGGCUGCGAGACAGUUUGUUUACACUGAUGGUCCGCAGGCACGGCUGCCCACAGCUCCCAGUGGCUGCAGUUCGCCGUUCCCCAGCCAAUGGGAGAUGUGGGAAGUGGCAGCUAGCACGUCCCUGCGCUGCUUCCUGCAGCUCCCAUUGGCCGGGGAAUGGCGAACCGCGGCCACUAGGAGCUGCGGGCGGCCAUGUCUGUGGACGGUCAAUGUAAACAAACUGUCUCACAGCCCAGCAGUGGAAUACCCUGAUGGGCCGUGUGCGGCCCACAGGCCACAGGUUGCCCACCACUGAUCUGGAGGAAUCCCAUUUUCAGUCAAAAGGAGUUCUGCAGGAGUGCCGGAACAGAUAUUUUUGGUAAUUUUUUUGAAUCAGAUUUCAGUUAAUCUGAAUUUAAAGGGACAGCAGUUUUAGAAGUGUAAGUGUUACUAGAUUAGACUAUUCUAAAAAUUGCAGUCUUCUUUUAGUAAUUAAUAAAGAAAUGUAAUUAAUUUUUAUGUGUUAAUCUAAUAACUGAAGAUGUUGAUAGAAAUAGUAUAAAUUCUAGAAGUUCUGUUCUUCAACAAUCAUGCCAUUACCAAAUUACAAAAAGGUUUAUAGAUAACUUGCCUUUAAUGUUUCAAGAGGUGGAGAGUCCAUUUUCAGUGUAAGUUCCAUCUUAAAUUAUAACCACUUGCAGAUUAAAACGCUACAUCCAAAAUCUUAACAGGAAUAUAUAAAUGUUAUUUGGUUAAAAUAUAUUACAUUAGUUAAUUUUAUGGUGCCUGCUCUGUGAUACCAGAACCACACACAGUAUCUUGUUCUAUAGAAUAAAAGUUAUUUGUAAACAAUUUUAGCAGUGGGUGCUUGUGUUAAGGUAUUUCUGUUAUAACAGUGUCUGCUUUACAAGAAUAGAAUGUGUUUGUAAUUAGAAUUUAUUAGAACAUUAAUACUUACAAUUCUUGCUACUAAAAUAUUUGUGCUAGUAUAAUCUACUGAGAAGCAUAAUUCUUGUUAGAAAUUCUGUAGUUAAUCUUAUCGAUGUGUGACUGUUGUGCUUUAAGCACUUUAAUUUUAACUUUUUUCCAGUUUUAAUACUUACAUCUAAUCUUCUAUAGACAAAUUAUUUUUAAUAAUUAAGGGUCUGAUUGUGGAAAUAUCCUCAACUCUUAAGAGUUAGGUCAGUAGGAGGUAAGAGGGGGAGUAGAUUGGGACAAUGACCGUCUGAGGUGGGCAGGUUGGAACUGGAGGCUGAUUUGGGGAGAGGGAAACUGGGAUAGUGAGUUUCGAUGGGAGGGGAGACAGGUAUUGACUGGGCAAGGAGAGUUGGACUGAGAUCUAGUGGGGCAGGGGAAAUUAGGGGAGAGGAGACAGAUCUGAUGAGGAGCUGGAGCAAAGGGGGAGAACAGGGAUUGACAGGACAAAGAGACGAAGAUCUGGGGAGGGAAGGCUCUGAGAUUGGACAUGGAGCCCAGGGUGGAAGAUUGGGACUGAAAGUAAGUGGAGAUGGAGAAUGUGAAUAGUGGGAUGUAACUGGAGGCCAGGGUGGGGAAGAGAGACUGACAGGGUGAGGAGCUUGGAACUGGGACUUGCUGGGCAAAGAGCUGGGGACAAGAAGCUGAGAGAUUGGGUGGGGAGUGGAACCUGGGAAUGGCUGGAUGAAAGAGACUGGGACUAGCAUGAGAAGCCUGAGGAAUGGAGACUGGGACUGGCUACAUAAGAGAAUGUGACUGGGAUGAGGAGCCAGGAGUAGGGAAGAAGCAAGACUGGGACAAGCACAGGUUGAAGGAGACCAGGCAGAAGGGGUCACACUUUGGAGAAAUGGGCAGAAGAGUCUGUGCCCAUUAGAGAAGACCUCUCCAGCGCCUGGAAUGGAAUCCAAGAUUCCUGAGUCUCACCAUUCCUCUGCUGUCAAGAAAUAUCUGUAAAAGCAACUGGUAAAGUGUCCCAUCUUGUCUGGUGCUGGCCCACAUGCAGGAUUACAACCUACUACAGCUAUUAUUUACGCCAUUGGUUGAAGUGGCAGAGGUCUGUGUGGUGGAUCUAAAUGUUCCAACCACGCUGAUGACCCGUGUGCAUGUGAGUAUGAUGCCACAAAAUGGAAUUUUUCAGUUUGCUUUUUUUAAAAACCUGGGAAAUUACACACACACACACACACACUCUCUCUCUCUCUCUCUCUCUCUCUCUCUCUCGGGAGGACAUUGUUCAUGUUGCAAAGUCAAGCACUCAGAAGCUAGAAAAUGCCAGAAUUAAGGUUGCCUUAAUUCAGGCCCCUUGUGUAUGCAUUAACUUGCAGUCUUUAAUUACAUGAUGACAUACAAAGAUCCCUGCCUCAUUCAGUGAACAGGAUGGACCUGCUCUGGGGAUGAAUUAGGGUUGUGUGUGUGUGUGUAGUGCAAAAGGCUGUUUUCUGCAGGAACCCUGCUUCAUUCGUUGCAGAAGUUGGAAAGUGUGGAGUGAAAGAGGCAGCAGGGUGGUGCAGGAUCAGAGAGGUUGGUCUCAUGGUUAUUGAAUGCUGCCUCUGGACAAUUGGAGUCUAUCCCUGCCUCUGCCACAGAAUUCUGUGUGAUGUGAUGCUAGUCAGGUCGCACCAACAUUUUCAUAGUUGAUUACUAAUUGUGUUUCUCAUUUUCUGUGUGCCUGACUAGAUAUCCUGCAGUCUGAUUUGCAGAAGUACUGAGCACAUACAGCAGCACCUGCAGUCAAUGAGAGCCUUUUUUGACAUAUAUUGUAAAAUGCUGUAUAAUGCUAAGUACUUUGAAGAAUCAAGUCCUGAGUCUGUCAAAUUGAACACCCAAAUUAGUGGAUACUUUGGGACUUAAUAUCUCUGUACUCCCAUUCCCCAUCUGUAAAGUCGGAAUAAUACACCCUCCUAUAACAGAGAUGUUGUAAAAAUAAUCCUUCUGGAGCAUUAAAAUUCUGUAGCAAUGAGCACCCCAGAAAAGCCCAUCAGGAAAUUAAUAGUUCUGGCUUCAGAGCAGGGUUUGACUAGUGUGAAAUAAAAUAAGGCCUUGGGUCAGACAUUGAAUAAUGAGGAAAAAACAAAAUAUUGAAUAGCUGUCUAUUAAAUGAGCACCAUCCAUUCUGUGCAGUGAAUGAGGCAGGAGUCUUUGGGGGCGGAAAUGGUGUGUGAUCAUAUAAUUAAAGACUCUAUCACAAUGCAUAUGUACAAGGGAGCUGAAUUAAGUUUGCACAGGCAGCUUUAACUCUGGCAUUUCCUAAUUUUUGAGGGCUUGAUUUUGCUACCUUAAUAAUAAUCUUUUCACAUAAAUGUUUUGUGUUUGAUAUAUGUAUAUUACAGUGUACAGGUGUCUUGAUACCCCCUAUUGGGGACACAGAAGACCUGCCACACUGGUGUCCCUAGAAGGAGGCUCCACUGAAUCAGAAUAAUUCCUGUGAUUUCAGGGAUUAAUUUCCAUCCAAAGUUCAGAGGCAGUUUAUGGAGGCACUACCAUCUGUAAGCUAAUUAAGUACAGCUGGGGCUAUUUAGACUCAACACCUUGAAAGAAUGCUGUGUUGGGCUGACCAGAAACCAUGAAAGGGAUCUCUGUGGAAAACAUAGGAGCUACCAUUUAUGAUUUAUAUUAUUGUGGAUUUUUUUUUCCAUUUAUUGUUUGUUAAACUGCACAAAAGGAAAGUGCAGCUGGAGGCUUUCAUCAGCCUGGUGCCACUUUGAGUUAAAACAGAACUCAUACAUUAAUUGCUUGCCCACAGAGAGUAAUUGUGUUUGAAACCUGAAUCUCCAAGAAACUUUCUCUUGUUAUUCUCUUCCUGAUCCUGUACUUCAUGCAGAAAACCUGCUAAUGGUUGUCUUAUUUACACAGAAAGCACCAGUUCUCUCUCUGAGGCAGACACCAUGCCCAUUUCUCAAGAGGAGUCAUUUCCAUUGUCAUGACCUCCACAGUACCCACCCUGUCCUUAUCAGCAUUUUGCCUCACUUCCAUUGACUUUAAGAUGUUGACAACAUUUUAAACUGACAUUUAGUUUUUAAUGAGCUGAAAUGUUCACAGAUCAUUUUUCUGAUCCUUCCCUAUCUUUCUUCUAACUGCAGCACUGAGAGCCAUUUUUCCAAAGAAACUUUUUCACAGUCUCUGUUUUCGUGGUGCAACUUUGCUCAUGCACUCUCUUGCAUGUACUGUUUUGUGCGUUUGUAUAAAUGAUAGAAUGGACACAUGUGAAAAGAGCAUUUCCUUGACUUUAGCAUGCUAAGGGGAGUUUCAUGAGUAGUUUCUACUGUUGUUUGUAUGCACAAGAGAUAAUCUGCAAAAAUGGUUGGCACAUAAUUACACGCACACAACAUAGAAUAAGUUUGGAAAACUUGGUUCUGUACAUUUUCUUUCAAUAAAAAUGUUGUAAGGGUCUCCUAAAGACUUUAAUUUCGCUGAAUUGACCUUAAGUUGAGCAGUCUUUAUAAAGUAAAGAAGUUAGUUCCUCAAAAAAAAAUUGACUGUAAGAUUUCUAACUGUCUGCAUAAUGAGUACUUGAGUGAUUUUUCUUGUUGUGUCUGAGAAGGUUAUUUGAGUGAUAUCACACUGUUAUAACCUACUUGGGCUGAGUGACCUUGGCUUUUUAACUGUCCGAAAUGUGAUUAUCUACAAUGGUCAAUAAUAGUCUGAUUUGUGGUCAAACACUAUCUCAGUAAAGCAUGAGCAACAUCUUAUAAUGUAACCAGCUACAUUAAGCAAUGUUUCGUGCAUGAUUGGCUGCACAUCUAUUCAUCACUUUUUACAGAGGUUUAGAAGUGCUACCACCUAUCUGAAUUAGAGAGAGAUACCAAAAUUAUUUUAAUAGGUGGAACUGCAUUAUCUUUAAUUACAUAGUGAAUGCCAUAAAAUUCUUUAAUCUGUAACAGUGUGAACUAAACUGGAAAUUACUCGUCACCAUUAAGCCAAACAAUAAUGUAGUUGAUGUACAAAUUUAGAGUUGUACUGCAGUUUAUUUUAUCAAAAUGAUUUAAGCACAAUCAUACAAGAUUUUCUGUUUUAGAAAGAUUAGUUUAUGGAUCAUUAGUAUCUUCCUUUCCCUAUUGAUCUGUUCAUCAGGAAACAAAGUAAAUGUGCAAGAAGGUAGAUAAGAUUACUGAAGAACCUAGAAGUUUCUAAGUAUUACAUCAAUAGAUUUGAACUAAGGUUGGUGUUGGUGGCCUGGAUCAUGUAAUUCAAAAUUAGGUGACAAAUGGGUUCCUGUAUCUGAAAACUUGAUUAAUUCAAAGAAUACAAUUUAUAAAAAUUAAAUUGAAGUAAUCUUCUUUUAAUUAAAAAUCAGUACCUGAGAGAAAUAUCCUGCAAUCAUUCAAACACGGUAAAUAAAACUUCUGAUUGUUAUAGAUCAUGCUAAUUAUAUUGUGACUCUGAACUGCAUGCCACACUGUUUAAGCCAUUUAAGAUCAUACUGUUUCUUUUUUGCAUGUUGCAAAUCAGACAGUUAAUGGUUUUUUCUUAGAUAUGUUGAUCAUAAAAGGAAUCUAGCAGAUUUUCCAGUACUUAGCUGUACUACUUGCUCCUUUCUCUUUUCUUCGUGUCUGUGAUGUAUAAUUAAUCAUAGAUUACUUCAUUUUGUUUCAUUUCAUUUACAACAUUUAUGAGCUUCACUUUGUCGGUAUGAAAUGCUUGUCCCCUUCUUUCCUUUCCAAAGUGGCGUAAUUAGUGUUAGCAUCUUUUUUAACAGGCUACAUAAAGUUUAGUGGCUGGAUUAAAUCAAGUCAUUAACAUAAUGUACUAUACAAUUUGCCCCUAUCUCUUUUCGUUUCCAGUACAUCAAAGUGCCACAGAGUGCCAGUAUAAUUGGGCCUUGCUAGCUUGUCAGGUUCAGUCAGGCUGAUGGCUGCUGCUUUUACUAAAAAGCUUCCAGGCAUGAUAAUUAAUAGAGGGAAAAAAAGUCAGGGAAAUGUAAAACUUUGGACAGUUCUCUAUGAAUAUUUCAUACAUUUGAAUAAUCCGAAGUUAACAUUAUCAAUUUGAUGUAUAAUACAUUGAUUAAAAGCCUUGUUUCAGGUCCUCAAAGUAUACAUCAAAACUAGGAAUUUGCAUCUGCUUUGGCACAGUCUAAAAAAAUUAACAAUUGCCUUUUCUCUUCCAUCCCUCCUCCCUUCACCCCCACCUCUGCACUUUAUCAUCUUGAGUAAUAAUAUAGUUUUCAAUUAUCACAAUAAAAUUUACUGCUGUCAGCUUCCAAGUUAUUUUAAAAUGUGCCCGCAAGGCAAUUACUGGCAAAAGCAAUUUAUACAAUGGUGGUCCCAUUUUCCUUUAGGUAUGUUUACAUCUUUUUCCUUCAUGGCAGAUAUUGUAUGGGCAUUUUGCUUGCACUAACAGUAGUUUAGUGAAAACUGUCAUCAUCAGUUUCUCCAAAUGAAGAUCUCAUGAUGUAAUUAAUUUGGAUGUUACCAUUAAAUAACAAGAACCAGCAAUGCCAGGUGGUUGUGGUUCUGGUGUUCAGUAAAAUGUGUUGUGAAAGGUUGAACAUCCAUGAUUCACACAGUCAAAUGUGCAUAGUAAGAAGCAAUAAACACUUUUCAAUUUUUAA